AGGACAGAGAGAUGCUAGACCAGCAGCUCUCUCAGGGAGAGAAACUAAGAGAACCCUAGAAGCCACAAGCCACAGUCCAAGCGGAGCUUUGAAUCUUUUGGGGAGCAAUUACUAACAGGAGUUGAGCAGCAGCGUGCUCCCCCGUUGUGUGGCCAUUCUGGACCGGAAGUUGGUAGCCGAGGGCCGAAUCUUUAUGCUACAGAAGAACUUUCCCCCCAGCACAUGAUUUGGGACUUCCACAUUGUGACAUGGAUGAGUCUUCAAUGACGCUUGGCACAAUAGAUGUUUCUUAUCUGCCCAAUUCAUCAGAAUACAGCCUUGGCCGAUGUAAACACACAAGUGAGGAUUGGGGUGACUGUGGGUUCAAACCUACCUUCUUCAGAUCCGCAACGCUAAAAUGGAAGGAGAGCCUCAUGAGCCGGAAGAGGCCGUUUGUGGGAAGGUGCUGCUACUCCUGCACGCCACAGAGCUGGGAGAGGUUUUUCAACCCCAGUAUCCCAUCUCUGGGUUUGCGGAACGUUAUUUAUAUCAAUGAAACUCACACAAGGCACCGAGGAUGGCUGGCAAGGCGUCUUUCUUACAUCCUUUUUGUUCAAGAGCGGGAUGUCCACAAGGGCAUGUUUGCCACCGGAAUCACCGAGAAUGUACUGAACAGCAGCAGAGUCGAAGAGGCAAUUGUCGAAGUGGCUGCUGAGUUGAACCUGGAUGGAUCUGCCCAACAGCAGGCUAAAGCCAUCCAGAAAGUGAAAAAGAAGGCCAGAAAGAUCCUGCAGGAAAUGGUUGCUACUGUCUCUCCAGGAAUGAUCAGGCUAACUGGCUGGGUGCUGCUAAAGCUCUUCAACAGCUUCUUCUGGAACAUUCAGAUUCACAAGGGUCAACUGGAGAUGGUUAAAGCCGCAACCGAGACGAAUCUGCCGCUCUUGUUCCUGCCGGUGCACAGAUCCCACAUCGACUACCUGCUGCUCACCUUCAUUCUCUUCUGCCACAACAUCAAGGCGCCGUACAUCGCCUCGGGCAACAAUCUCAACAUCCCCAUCUUCAGUACGUUGAUUCACAAGCUUGGGGGCUUUUUCAUAAGGAGGAGGCUCGAUGAAACCCCAGAUGGACGCAAAGACAUUCUCUAUAGAGCGUUACUUCAUGGGCACAUAGUUGAAUUGCUCCGGCAGCAGCAGUUCCUGGAGAUCUUCCUGGAAGGCACCCGCUCCCGGAGUGGGAAGACCUCCUGUGCUCGGGCAGGGCUGUUGUCAGUGGUAGUAGAUACUCUGUCCUCCAACACCAUCCCUGACAUCCUCGUCAUUCCUGUGGGCAUCUCCUACGACCGGAUAAUCGAAGGUCACUACAACGGUGAACAGUUGGGCAAGCCCAAGAAGAACGAGAGUCUUUGGAGUGUGGCGAGAGGUGUUAUCAGAAUGCUGCGGAAAAACUACGGAUAUGUCAGAGUGGAUUUUGCACAGCCAUUCUCCUUGAAGGAAUAUUUAGAAAGCCAAAGUCAGAAACCUGUGUCUGCUCCCCUCUCUCUGGAGCAAGCAUUGUUACCAGCUAUCCUUCCUAUAAGACCUAAUGAUGCUGCUGAUGAAAAUCAAGACAUAUCCGGUAACGAGUCCAGAAACUCGGUAGAUGAAGCCUUCCGAAGAAGGCUGAUUGCAAACCUGGCCGAGCACAUCCUCUUCACUGCUAGCAAGUCCUGCGCUAUCAUGUCCACCCACAUUGUGGCCUGCCUGCUCCUCUACAGACACAGGCAGGGAACCCACCUCUCCACACUGGUGGAAGACUUCUUUGUGAUGAAGGAGGAAGUCUUGGCUCGUGACUUUGACCUGGGAUUUUCAGGGAAUUCAGAAGAUGUCGUCAUGCAUGCUAUUCAGCUUCUGGGGAACUGUGUCACUAUCACCCACACUAGCAGGAAGGAUGAAUUUUUUAUUACCCCCAGCACAACUGUCCCAUCAGUCUUUGAACUCAACUUCUACAGCAACGGGGUACUUCACGUCUUUAUCAUGGAAGCCAUCAUAGCCUGCAGCCUUUAUGCACUUCUGAACAAGAGGGGCUCGGGAGGGUCUGCCGGUGGCCCCGGCAGCUUGGUCAGCCAGGAGCAGCUGGUGCGGAAGGCGGCCAGCCUGUGCUACCUUCUUUCUAACGAAGGUACCAUUUCUCUGCCCUGCCAGACGUUUCACCAGGUCUGUCACGAGACGGUAGGAAAGUUCAUCCAGUACGGCAUUCUUACCGUGGCGGAGCAAGAUGACCAGGAAGAUGUCAGUCCUGGUCUUACAGAACAGCAGUGGGACAAGAAGCUUCCAGAACCCCUGAAUUGGAGAAGCGACGAAGAAGAUGAAGACAGUGAUUUUGGUGAGGAGCAGCGAGAUUGCUAUCUGAAGGUGAGCCAAUCCAAGGAACACCAGCAGUUCAUCACCUUUCUUCAGAGGCUCCUGGGGCCCUUGCUAGAGGCCUACAGCUCUGCCGCCAUCUUUGUCCACAACUUCAGUGGUCCAGUUCCCGAGUCUGAGUACCUGCAGAAGCUGCACAGAUAUCUUAUCACCAGGACAGAAAGGAAUGUGGCAGUGUAUGCUGAGAGUGCCACAUACUGUCUUGUGAAGAACGCUGUGAAAAUGUUUAAGGAUAUCGGGGUUUUCAAAGAGACCAAGCAAAAGAGAGUCUCUGUUUUAGAACUGAGUGGUACUUUCCUACCUCAGUGCAACCGGCAGAAACUCCUGGAGUAUAUUCUGAGUUUUGUGGUGCUGUAGGGAUCUCUCAGCACCUGCGGCGAGGGAGGGGCUCAUGAUGAGUCCCUCGAAGGCUCCAGUCUGACCCAGUGUGGCAGGUGUCCUGAUGUGGCCCAGCCUGCCUUACUCCGAGGAGGCCUCCAGGAAGAUGCGUGCCUUCUGCCCACCCCCGUGGACCUGCGCUCCUCCCAACACAGCCGCCGUGGCCUGCGCAGAGCGCUUGGGGCCAGUGCCGUCUGUGAUUCCUGAUCACUAGGUUACUAGGUGAAGUCUCAGUAAGUUAUUUUGGAGUUUAUUAAAGAUUCACAUUUUAAGUUUGA